CCUCUGGUCCUCAGGAUUUGAGUUUAAGACGCAGGGGCGGCUCAAAGAGCGAGAGUCCUUGGUUAGGCCUCGACUGGCCGGCGUCCGCCUCGGUCUUGUAGGGGAGGAGGCAAGUUGGGGGCGGGGCUCACGUGGCCGAAGCCGGUCGUGGAGCCACUCUGCCGAAGCACCGCGUCUUUGGAGCCUGUGGAGGUGUUAAGUGGCAUAUCCUGAGAGAAGAUGGGAAAGGGCUGCAAGGUUGUGGUCUGUGGCUUGUUAUCUGUGGGGAAAACGGCAAUUUUGGAGCAGCUUCUUUAUGGGAAUCAUACUAUUGGAAUGGAAGAUUGUGAAACAAUGGAAGAUGUAUAUAUGGCUUCAGUGGAAACAGAUCGGGGAGUAAAGGAACAGUUACAUCUUUAUGACACCAGAGGUUUACAGGAAGGUGUGGAGCUUCCAAAACAUUAUUUUUCAUUUGCUGAUGGCUUUGUUCUUGUGUACAGUGUGAAUAACCUUGAAUCCUUUCAAAGAGUAGAACUUCUGAAGAAAGAAAUUGAUAAGUUUAAAGACAAAAAGGAGGUGGCAAUUGUCGUAUUGGGAAACAAAAUUGACCUUUCUGAGCAGAGACAAGUGGAUGCUGAGGUGGCACAGCAGUGGGCAAGAAGUGAGAAAGUACGCCUGUGGGAGGUAACAGUUACAGAUCGGAGAACACUGAUUGAGCCAUUCACUCUCUUAGCCAGCAAACUUACCCAGCCCCAGAGCAAAUCAAGCUUUCCUUUGCCUGGGAGGAAAAACAAAGGGAACUCUAACUCGGAAAACUAAAAAUCAGUAAUGCUACAACUGUUUGUUGAAUAGUGAUUGCCUUAGGUGUCCGUGAACAUAUUUAAAACAGGCCAUUUGCAUCUACUUUGGUCCUUAGGAAACCGUUAAAGAAGUAAUUUAAGUAAUUUAAUGCACUUUAGGUUAUAAAUUAUUUGGACUAAGUUUAUUGCCUGAUACGAAAUAAUAGAUUUGCAUUGUCAUUGUUUGAAACUUGUCCCUGAACUUAGCACCUCUGCUGUUUUGUUGUACUUGUCUAAACAGUAAAAUAAAGUUUGGGUAGUAUACAGAUAUACCUGUGAGCAGUAGCUCCACAACCCCCAACUUGUUCCAGAAACCCAUUUUUCUAUAUAACUCCGCAAACUUAUUAGCUUAAAUAUAAUUUUGUUUUUAAGAAGUUCACUAAUCAUCUAAUGUCAUUUUUAGAU